CUCCCAUCACUUUCUUUCAUCACUCCUCUGGCUCUCGCCCUAUCCUCCUCCUGGAGCAUCCCUGGGCUAGAAGGCGGGGCGGGGCGAGGGAUAAGAUGGGGAAAGACGGUCCCAGCCCUGUUAGCACUCAUGCCUUUUCCCAGAAAGGAGCCUCCUACUGCCCUGGCAGCGAGGAUUCCCAAACCAGCAGUCUGGCCUGUGCUGAGCAUCCCACCCCCAGUGCUAGAGCAUCAGAUUUCAGGACACAUUGGACCAAACCAAUACUUUGACAAUUAUCAACAGCAUCCAAGAGAUUCCUGACUGAGGCAACAAUUUGGCUAGGGAUCAUUAACUUAUUCUAUUACUUCAGGAGGAUGCUGACCAGCCUGUAUGACCGAUUUUGGAAGCAGGAAUAUUGGUUCCCUUCUCAGUACUCGUGGGCUGACAUGGAAGAUUCAAAUGGAGUCAUAUACACUCACCCCAAGGACUUGUUAGCAGCUAUUCCACUGGUAUUUAUCAUAUUAAUUGUCAGAUAUAGCUUUGAGAGGGUCGUUGGGUUGCCCCUGGCCAGGCUCAUGGGUGUGCAUGAUGCUCGCAGGAUCAAGGCUUUUCACAACCCAAUCCUGGAGUCCUUUUUUCGUUCUCAGAGUCAAAAUCCAAAAGAGGCUCAGCUGAAUGAUCUGGCCAACAAAUGCAGCCUUUCGCUGAGGCAAGUUCAACGAUGGUUUCGAUGCAGGAGAAACCAGGAGCAACCAUUACUGAGCAAGAAAUUCUGUGAAGCCUGUUGGAGAUUUAUAGUUUACUCUUAUUUCUUUUUUGGAGGCUUCCUCGCUAUUUACAAUGAGCCCUGGUUAUGGAAGUCUAAAGUAUGCUGGGAAGGAUUCCCUAAACAGCCUCUGAAGCCUGCCAUAUACUGGUGGUAUCUUUUGGAGUUUGGAUUCUACCUCUCCCUGAUAACCACCUUAUCCUUUGAUGUAAAAAGAAAGGAUUUCAGAGAGCAAAUCAUCCAUCACUUUUCUGCCAUCAUAUUGAUCUACUUCUCUUAUUGCGCCAACUACAUUCGCAUUGGGACCCUGGUGAUGCUGCUACAUGAUGUGUCUGAUGUUUUCUUGGAGGCAGGCAAAAUGUUCAAUUAUGCACAAUGGAAAAAUUCAAGUGAGAUAGUCUUCAUCAUCUUUACUGUGAUAUUCCUUUUUAGCCGGCUUAUUCUUCUCCCGUACAGAGUCCUCUACACCACCAUCUAUGAUUCCAUGGCUGCGCAUAAGCCCUUCUUUGGUUACUACUUCAGCAAUGCCCUCCUGUUUAUUCUUCAGGCUCUCAAUAUUUUCUGGUCAUUCCUCAUACUUCAAAUGUUCUUCAAACUUAUUAUUAUUGGCAAGAUACAGAAGGAUGUGAGGAGUGAUAUAGAAGAAGAAGAUGAGCAGUCAGAGACAGAACAACAGAAGAAUGGGAGUCCAGCGAUGUCACUUGUGGCCUUCCCCAAUCCUAAAGUGCCAGAGGGGCUGGCACAAACCAAAAGACACUGACAAGUUCCAGCAAUAUAACCUGGUUCAGCACAGGGGCCUCAGAGAAUCCAAAUCAGUGAAGAACUCCAUAUGGCUGAUCUUCUGACUGCUUGAAGAUUAAGUCAAUAUGAGAAAUCUCUCAGAUUCUGAUCUAGUGUGAAGCUCCUUAGGACAAAACCUGAACUUGUGCAAUACCCCUUACUUCUAUUUCUCCCUGUCUUCCAUCCUCACCUGUAUCGGACUCUCAGAAAGAAGGGGAAAGAUGGAAUCUCUGAACAGGAUAUUAAGAUAGGCUUAAUAAUCCUUCCUUUAAAUAGCCUUUUCCCUGAAUUAAUGCCACUGAACUGCCCUAUCCUUGAGAACAGAAGUCCCCCAAUUUUUCUAAUUAUACAUUCUAUUGGUACAACAUUUUUUAUCAUAAAUCUGCAACAGAUCAUAAAUUUGCAACAUGUGCAUACUGAUUCAUCUCUAAAUCAUAUACAUUUGAUGCUAUGUUGAUACAUUAUUUGUUUUGCAACACACAAAAGUAAAAAUUUAAAAGGGUUGCGAUAAAAAUGAAACAAUAUUGUACAUAGUAACUAUACAGAAGCCCUCCAAAAUUACAGUAUUUUUAUUGAAAGCAAUAUGGUUGACUGUGCUUCAUUAUUUUUUAAAAUCUCAGCUUAAAUUUUCAUAGCAGGGAAUUGAAGGUAUGAUUUUCAGUUUAAUUCAAUAGCUGACUACUUAGUUUGAUGGAUCUCAAAGCUGCAGAUUGUAACUCACAGAGAUACAGAGAUCCAAAUGGAAGAAGUACAUCAUUGGCCAUCCUUACUCAAUCACAAUACUCAUUUUGCAAUCCCAUCACCAAUUAUGCAAAAGUUUUUUGUUGAAAUUUGGCUAGUAGAUUUCUAUCUUCCCUUAUUGGAGGGGAUGAGGAUGUAUAUAUGUAUGGAACAUGAUUUCUAAAAGUCAAACAGGUACCAGAUCUGGAAGUUGAAUAAGUGGCAACAUGCCUGCAUCUACACUGGUUUCCAUCAGUAUGUGGCUCUCUUCCUUUAUUUUCAAAAUAUUCAAUGAAGUUGUGAAGGGGAGGUAGGUUGGAGAAAUGGGAUCUUUGGAGCAGAAUUGCACAUCUAAUAAAGUUAUAGACUUGAUGACUUGAGUCAAAAAAUCCACUACCAACUGCUAGCACAGUUGUCUUUCAGUCCUUGCUGACUGAUGGUCAGCAUCAGAACUCUGCUUGAGUUCUCCUUGAAGAAGGCUCUCCUACCUUAAGGAAGCUUCUUUUUAUUCAGGAACGGGGAAAUGGGAAUGGUGAUAUGAGCCCAGAGAGGCAAUGAAGAGUUUACAUCUUCAGAAAGCAGUUCCUCUUUACCUGGCCAUCCCAUUCCUAUGGCAUUUUGAGCACCCAAGGUUUGAACUGUGUGGCCCUCUUGCUAUCUUCCCUGAGGUAGAAUUGGUAUUUUAAAAAUAUAUAUUUUUCCAGUCCUUAAACUUUCCCCAAUUCUCUAAGUCCUGGAAAAGUACCUAUAUUGUGGAAAGAAGAUUCUGCCUAUUUCUAUAGAGACCUGAGUUUUACAGGAGUCUAGGUAUUGUGACCACUUUUGAUCAAGGCACCUGGAACCACUUAGUCCCCUAUAUUUUGAUGGUCAUGGUAAUUGAUGUCUAACAUCCCAGAUCAUUCUCCCUUCUGUCAGUCAAUAAAUAUUAAUUAAGUGCCUACUAUAUUCCAGGCACUGUGCUCAGAGCUGGGGAUACAAAGAUGAAAACGAAAAUUCCUUCAGGGAGCUUACGAUCUAAUGGAGGGAAGACAACAUGCAAAAGAUAAUUGAAAAGGGAAUAGGAAAGGAUAAGGUACUCACUUGUGGACAUGAUAGAUAAGUCUAGAUGAGUGCAGUCAACUGGGAAAUGGCCUGAGCUUGCUCCUUUAAUGAAAGCUCUCUUUCUCAAGAUGUACAGUAUUUAGCUGAUCUUUACCUGCCUCCCUAAAUUGGGCUUUAUUUGGGAGGACUUCAACAGUCCUCAUCUGCACAGGCAUUCAAAGCAACAAUUGCCUAGAUUUCCAAAAUUUCCAUAAUCUGAAAAAACAUAAAAAUUAUAGUUGAUAUUCUGAUGAUUUAUAAUUUUCUACAAGGUCCUAUAUAAUCUCAGACCUCGUGUUUACAAAAUCACAUUUAAACUCUACCUAAAAGAUGAAUGCAUUUAGGGACUGUUAACAAUCCUAUUUUUAUUGGAACUUCAUUAUCUGAAUAACUCAUUUAAAGAGCAAGGGUAGCAAUGCUAAGGUCUCAUGUCUACCCUUAGAUUGAUUAAACUUUCAGAACUCCUUUAGUUAGCUGCAAGGCUUCUCUCUAGAACAUUAGAACUCCAAACUCAAGAGUUUGGGAUCAAUCAGGAGAUGUCAUGCCCUCCACACCCAUUUCCUACAAGUUCCUAGAAUUGAUAGGUAAUUCCCUGUUUCUAGCUAGAAAUUUCAAUUCUUAGAUCAAGUUCACUGUCAGGAAAUCAGACUCUCCUUCACCUACCAAUCAGAUAGUGGUCAUGAGCAAAGUCCUUGCUCAACAAUUGUCCUCUCAGUUCAUAGUGGUACAUGUCUGCCUCUGUCAUGAGUUUCUGCAGGAACUUGGCCCACCUGCUGCCUCCCCUUGGACUGGAAAACUCCUUUGUAGGCCUCUUUUUUAAGAAUAUUUUGGGAAGAAAGCAUGUAACUCACAUAUGCUUCUGUCCCUAGGCAAUUAUCAGUUUCUUGUAGGUAAAAAUUAUAAUAUGUUCAAGCUUCCAAUCUAUCUUGCUCCCACAUUGCCACUUCCUUACAUAUUCACAUACACCGCUGUCUACCAUAGGUAAACUCUGCUAAUGUUGGUCUGUGUCCUACUCAGGGAAACAAGAAAGGGACCCAAAUGGUUGGGCAAAUCUAUUGCUCAGUUUUAUAGCUCUCACAAAAGGUGACUUUUCUUAAAACAUUGUCCAUCCACAUUGAUGCAUUGUUGGUGAAGUUGUGAACGAA